AUGAUGGACGUGUUAGUUACAUGGAAAGAUGGCACUCAAAAUGUUGUACACACACGGGAAUUAUUUCCAAUCAGAAAAGGUCAGAAGAUAACACUUGGUACAAAGGUGAAAAUGUUGUAUGAACGAAAAUGGUGGUAUGGUACAGUAACUGUUGUCGAAGCAAAAGAAUACUCUUCGUCUGAAGACGAACCACUUUCAACUUAUGUUCCUGCAAACCGUGUGCAAAAUUACACAUUCAUAUAUUAUUCAUACAUUAACUGUCAUAAUCCUAUUUUGACUACUUGUACGGAAUGUGCUUGUUUCUUGUGCGCUGAACAUUACCAAGAAGACGCUUCCUGCUCUAAUCAUAUUUUAGUUAGCAAUAACAUAUCCACAUCAAAAAAUCAGGAUACCAGCUAUGAAUUAUCAUUAACCAAUUCAGAAAAAAAAAUUUAUGAUACAGUAUGCACUGAUGAAAAUUAUAUAGAUAUACAGAAUGAAUACCAAAAAUGCUGUCAGUUUUCGAUUUGUACUGAUGAGGUAUUUAGUGCAUGCCAUCGUUGUUCAUGUCUCCUUUGUUAUGAACAUUUUGUCAACAAUUGCUCUACCUGCGAAAAUCAUCUAAACUUUGAAGCUGACUUGACGUUAACAGAAACUUUAAAAUUUGAUUUUGGGCAAACUGAUAUGCAGCAGACUUGUGAAUAUGCCAACUGCACUAACCCUGUACUAACGACAUGCUUUGCUUGUUCUUGUUUACUGUGUGAUAUUCAUUUUGCGUCUGUGCUUUAUAUGCAAUCAUGUUCUGAUCAUAAAAAAAAUCCAGCCUCGCUUGCUGAUUUCGAUAUUACCGAAAUUGAGAAUGUUUCAAAUGAUUCUGAUGCAACUAUGGUCUUAUCUGACACUCGCGACUCACCCAGUAUUUUAAUGCAGAAUACAGUUUUGGAACCACAACAAGACAGUUAUUUGGCCCCAGAAGACUUUAUAGUAGAUGGCGUUUCCCGAGAGGAAGAAAGAUCGAAACCUGUUAGAAAAAAUAAAUACAAAGAAGCCAAGGUUUUGCGACACGCAGGACAAGAAUAUAUUUCGCCAUAUACAAAAAAAGUAGUUCCUGGAAGGAAGGUUGGUUCAUUAUGCAAUAAUUUAGAAAAUUGCACAAAGCAAGGCCUGUACUGUUAUCGUUUUAAUGAACAAAUACGCGAAAAUAUAUUUAUGGAUUUCUAUUCAUUAGCAGAUCUAACUUUGCAAAGAGAAUAUAUAGUGAGAUUUGUUGAAAAAAAGCCCGUAGGACGCAAAACUACUGCCACAGAAUCUCGUCGGAAGUUUACCAACUGCUUUUACUUACCAUUAAAUGAUGAGAAGCAGAAGGUAUGCAAGAAAAUGUUCCUCAAUACUUUGGGAAUUUCAGAAAAGACGUUUCGCACAGCUUUGCAAAAAUUAAAGAACACCGGUGUAGUAGAAAAAGACAGAAGAGGAGGAAGGCAAGAGGUCUAUCAUGAAAGGGAUACUCAGCUGCGAUCACUCAUUACUGAACAUAUUAACAGAUUUCCGCGUGUUGAGUCUCAUUAUUGUAGAAAAAGUAGUACAAAAGAAUAUCUCCACCAUGAUUUAUCUUUGAAAAAAAAAAUAUGGUAUGUUUUUAAAGGAGUAUAA